CCUUACUAUGAAAAGAAAAGUAAUUACAAAAUAUCAGCGUAUGAAUACGUCGGGAACCGGAAUGAUUGAAAUCGAGAGAUUUAAAAAAUGUUCAAAAACUUUCAUCAUCAAGAACAGCAAGAAAUAUACAGACUAUAAAUCAUUUUUUAGUUAUAUUUCAGAUAAGCUAAUUUCUAAGUUGAAAAAAUCAUGUUUAAAUACAUCGAUAAAAUUUAAUAUACAUGUUGACACUGUUUACGAACGUCCAGUAACCCAUGAUAUUCAGGAUAUGGCUUUUAAAACUUCAAACAUUUUAGCAUGUAGUUCAUCUGAUUUUACUAUUUUAUUGAACAGAAUGUUUAAUAAAAUAUUAACUGAGGAAUCAGAAUUUAUUGCAAAAGGUUCAGGUUGGUCACUUGUAUCAAUAGAUGGGUUACAAUUAAGAAUUAAUUUAGUAAACCCUUUGAAAGGAAGUUCAUAUAUUGAUUUACCUAUAUUUAUAAAAAAAAAAAAAGCCAUUAUAAAUGUUAGAAAUAAAGAUGAAUAUUGUUUUAAAUAUUCUAUACUUAGCAAAUAUGAUAAACGUUCGAAUAAAUCACGAUUUAACCAAACGUAUUUCAAUAUUCUAGAAAAAAAAAGUGGAUUAAAUUUUAAAUGUAUUGAUUUUCCGACACCAAUAAAACAAAUAAAAAAAUUUGAACGUCUAAACAAUGUUUCAGUUAAUAUUUAUAGUUUAAAUAAUAAAAGUAAUAUUUUUCCUUUAUGUAUAAGUAAAAUAGAAAGAAAAAAUCAUUUUGAUCUAUUUUUAUACAAUAACGAUAAAACAUUACAUUAUUGUUAUAUUAAAGAUUUCUCAAGAUUUAUUAGAAGUCAGAAAACUAAAAAUUGUUCUAAGUUAAUUAUUUGUAAGAGAUGUUUUACAAUUUUCGGGAAUAAACCGUGUAAAAGUAAACUUUGGGGUGAAGAAGGAUUGAUUAAACAUAAGCAAAUGUGUGAUAAGAAUGAAUUAGGAAGACCAAUAAUGUUUGAAGAAGGAAAAGAUGAUGAAUUCAUAUAUUUUAAAAGUUAUAAAAAAACCAAUAGAAUACCGUUUGUUAUUUAUGCUGACUUUGAAUGUAUUUUAAACCCUAAACAGACUAUAGAGUUGAAUAAAAGUAGUAAAAAAUCUAAGGUUUCUAAAACCCAUAUUACUCAUUUACAUGAAAUUAUGAGUUAUGCGUUUUAUGUAAAAGUUGACUAUGACAGUAUAACAGAAAAGCUAUUGCAUCAAUUUAAAAUUCCAACAAAGAUAAUAAUGUAUAGAGGUAAAGAUGCAGCAAAAAAGUUUAUGGAAAAUAUGAUCGAUAUUGGAAAAAAGAUAAAUGAUGUAUAUGAAAUUAAUAUACCAAUGACUACAUUGACUGAAACGGAAGAAAAACAAUUUCAGAGAGCGGAGGUUUGUGAAAAAUGUUUAUUAUCUUUUAAAAAAAAUAAUUUAUUAAAGGUUAGAGAUCACUGUCAUUUUACUGGUAAAUAUAGACAAUGCCUUUGUCUUAAAUGUAAUUUUGUAAUAACUAAUCCAUCAUUUGUUCCAAUUUUUUUUCAUAACUUAUCCUACGAUAGUCAUUUUAUAAUUCGAGAACUUGGUUGUGAUAAUAAUGAUAUCCAUGUUAUUCCGAAUUCAUCAGAAAAAUAUAUAUCCUUUAGCAAAGAAAUUGCUCCCAGAUUUAGUAUAAAGUUUGUUGACACAUUCCGUUUUAUGGCCUCCUCAUUAAGCGAACUUGCAGAAAAUUUGUCUGAAGAUAAAUCAAGGUUUAGAGAAACUCUAAAAAUAUUUUCUAAUAAAAAAUUAGAUUUAGUCACACGAAAAGGGGUUUUUCCUUAUGAAUAUAUUGAUAGUUGGAGUAAAUUAAAUGAAACUCGUUUGCCUCCGAAAUCUGUAUUUUAUAACUCUUUAAAAGAUGAAGAAAUUAAUGAUGAUGAUUAUUCUCAUGCUAAAAAAAUAUGGAGAGUAUUCGAUUUAAAAACUUUGGGUGAAUAUAGCGACCUUUACUUGAAAACUGAUGUAAGUAUAUUAACGGAUGUAUUUGAAAAUUUUAGAGAUUUAUGUUUAUCUACUCUUAAACUAGAUCCUGCUCAUUAUAUGACUGCUCCAGGAUUUGCUUUUGAUUGUAUGCUUAAAUAUACUAAGGUUAAAUUAGAAAGAUUAAAAGACUUUAACAUGCUUUUGUAUUUCGAAAAUUCGAUCCGAGGUGGAAUAACUCAAUCAACUAAAAGAUAUGCUAAAGCGAACAUACCAAACAUUAAAGGUUUGAACUAUAAUCCGAAUAAACCAAUUACAUGGUUAACGUAUCUCGAUUGCGUGAAUUUAUAUGGAAAGUCGAUGUUAACUGAACUACCUUUUAAAGAUUUUGAAUGGGUUGAUGACUUGGAUAUAGAUGUUACAAAAAUUCCAAACGAUUCAAAAGUUGGUUAUAUAUUAGAAGUCGAUAUUGAUUACCCUAAAUAUUUACAUAAAAAACAUAACGAUUUUCCAUUUUUACCUUUAAACGAAUGUCCUCCAAAUUCAAAAGUUAAAAAAUUAAUUACUACGUUAUCACCGAAAAAAAAUUAUAUUAUACACUAUAAAAAUUUGAAACAAGCAAUUGCUAAUGGACUUAAAUUAAAAAAAAUUCAUCGAGCUAUCCGAUUUUCACAAAGUAAAUGGAUGGCCCCAUAUAUUGAACUCUGUACAAAUAUGAGAGUAAAAGCUAAAAACAACUUUGAAAAAAAUUUUUGGAAGUUAUUAAUUAAUAGUGUUUUUGGUAAAUGUAUGGAAAAUGUGCGUGCUAGAAUUUCUUUAAAGUUGGUUUCAUCAACUAGAAAAGCAAGUAAAUUAAUGAUGAAAACUAACUUUAAAGAUAGAACUAUAUACUCUGAAAAUCUUAUGGCUAUUCAUCAACAUAAGGAAACUAUUAAAUUUGAUAAAGCAAUUUAUGUAGGAUUCGCAAUUUUAGAUGUUUCAAAAACAUUUAUGUAUGAUUUUCAUUAUAAUGUAAUGAAAAAAAAAUAUGGUAACAAAAUAAAUUCUUUAUACUCGGAUACAGAUUCUAUGGUAUAUGCUAUUCGAACACACAAUUUUUUUAAUGAUAUAAGAUAUGAUUUAUCACCGUUUUUUGAUACAUCAAAUUAUCCUAUCGAUCAUUAUUGUUUUAGUGAAAUUUAUAAAAAUCAGCCUGGUUAUUUCAAAGAUGAAAUGGGUGGAAAAAUUUUAAAAGAAUUUGUUUCAUUAAGACCGAAAUUAUACGCUUACAGAACUGUGGACGACAUUGAGGUAAAAAAAGCUAAAGGUGUAAAAAAAUAUGUAAUUGAAAAACAUAUGCAAUUUAGACAUUAUAAAGAAAUAUUAAAUGCAUAUAUAAACCAUAAAAAUGUUGAUGAUAAACAAACAUGUAGAAACAUGAAUUUUAUUCAAUCGAAUAAACAUAUCGUCCAUUCUAAAACAAUGAAUAAACUUGUAUUAAGUGCUAACGAUGAUAAACGUUAUAUAAUGAAUGAUGGGAUUAAGACACUAGCGUAUGGACAUUACAAAAUUAAAAAAUAAUAAUAAUAAUAAAUAAAAAAAUAAAUUACAUACAUUAAAAAAAAUCUUUAUUUUAAAAUAUCUGCUGACGAUAUCCACGAAUUAUGACUUGAAUCGAAACCCAUCCAUUUAACAAGCAUUUUAUCUUUAACUUUUUUUAUAAUACGUUCAAUUAAAAAGGUGUUCGGGAAAUCAGUUAAUUUAAUUUCUUGUUCAUAAAAACCUCCUAGAAUUAUAUUAUUUGAUUCAUCCUUUAGUUGAUAAGUUAUCGGGUUUGUAUGUAAAACUUUUGUUAUUGUAAAAAUUUCCGUUGUCCAAUUCGGUGUAUAUCCUUUACUAAAUAUAUGUUUGUAUUUUGAUAUUCUCACUUUAUCAUUAAUUUUAAGUUUUGGUUUAUAAAAUGUUUUAUUAUCUAUUUGUACAUUUGAUUUAAUUUUACUUGUAUUCAUUCGAGCUUCAUACGGUGUACACUUAAUUGUUCUAUGUUUUGUAUGAUUAUAAUUAUAAAUAAUUUUUGUUAUUGUAUUAUACCAAUUCCAUGUACCUGUUGCAGUAAAAUGUUUAUAUAUAUUAUUUUUAAGUGUUCGUAUAACACGUUCACCAAUUGAACACUUGAUAACGCUAUACGAACUGUAAUGUUUAAUUUUAUAUUUUUUCAUUAAAUCUUGAAAUUGAUUGUUAUAAAAUUCUGUACCAUUAUCUGUUUGUAAUAAUUUUGGAUUAGCUUGUUUUAAUAUAUUAAACAUACCUUUUGUACAUU